AUGGCUGACUCGACGGCCCCAGCGCCUCCGACGGAGGAGGUCGCCAACCUACACCUCGACGAAGUCACGGGCGAGCGUGUGUCCAAGACGGAACUGAAGAAGCGCCAGAAGCAGCGCCAGAAGGAGGCCGACAAGGCGGCCAAGGCGGCUGCCGCACCGCCCAAGGCAUCGGGCAAGCCCAAGAACGCGGCGGGCGAGGAGGAGAAGGAUCUCAACCCCAACCAGUACUACGAGAUCCGGACCCGGCACGUCAAUGAGCUGCUCAAGAACCCCGAGACGAACCCGUACCCGCACAAGUUCCAGGUCACGUACGACGACUCCAAGUUUGUCGAAGAGUUCGGCCACCUCAAGUCGGGCGAGACGGCCGAGAAUAAGGAGAUCCGGAUCGCAGGGCGCAUCUACAACAAGCGCGCGAGCGGCUCCAAGCUGAUCUUUUACGACCUCCGCACAUCCGCCGACACGGUCAGCAUCGGCACGCAGCUGCAAGUCGUCUGCCAGGCGCAGCUGGUCAAGGAGGACUCGGGGGCGCCGUCGUUCGAGAAGCAGCACGAGAACAUCCGGCGCGGCGACGUCAUCGGCAUCGUCGGCUAUGCGGGGCGCACCAACCCCAAGAACCGCCUCGCCGAGGGCAAGGAGGGCGAGCUGUCCAUCUUUGCCACCGAGAUUGUGCUGCUGAGCCCCUGUCUGCAUAUGCUGCCGAGUGUGCGGUUUCCGUUUUCGGAUGGGGAGCAGAGGGCCCGCAUGAGGUAUCUGGAUAUGUUGUGGAACGACAAGAGCCGGGAGGUGCUGUGGCAGCGCAGCCGGGCGGUUCGCUAUAUCCGCGAGUACCUACAUGAACGUCGCUUCAUCGAGGUCGAGACACCCAUGAUGCACGCUAUUGCUGGUGGCGCGACUGCUCUUCCGUUCACUACCCAUCACAACGACCUCGACAUUGACAUGUACAUGCGUGUCGCUCCCGAGCUGUUCCUCAAGAAGAUGAUUGUCGGCCAGUUCGGCAAGGUGUUCGAGAUUGGCAAGAACUUCCGCAACGAGGGUAUCGACCUCACACAUAACCCCGAGUUCACAACUUGCGAAUUCUACUGGGCGUAUGCCGAUAUGUACGACCUGAUGGAGUUGACCGAGGAUCUUGUUUCCGGCCUCGUCAAGCAACUCACUGGCUCUUACAAGACCACCUUCACCACCCAGCACGGCGAGACAUACGAGGUGAACUGGGAGGCGCCGUGGCGUAGGGUCUCGAUGAUUCCGGAGCUUGAGAAGGCCACGGGCGAGACAUUCCCCCCGUCUGAGGAGCUUCACACAGAAGAGACCAACCAAUUCUUGCAGAAGGUCUGCAAGAAGAUGGGCGUCGAGUGCGCGCCGCCGCUCACCAACGCCCGCAUGAUUGACAAACUCACGGGCGAGUUCAUCGAGAACACCUGCGUCAACCCCAGCUUCAUUAUUGAGCACCCGCAGGUGAUGAGUCCCUUGGCCAAGUAUCACCGGUCCAAGAAGGGUCUUUGCGAGAGAUUUGAGGCAUUCGUCUGCAAGAAGGAAAUUGCGAACGCGUACACCGAGUUGAACAACCCGUUCGACCAGAGACUGCGGUUCGAGGAGCAGGCCCGCCAGAAGGACCAGGGCGAUGACGAGGCUCAACUCGUGGACGAGAGCUUCCUAAACGCGCUCGAGUAUGGCUUGCCGCCGACCGGUGGUUGGGGUCUAGGUAUCGACCGUCUUACUAUGUUCAUCACGAACAAUUACUCGAUUCGCGAGGUCCUUGCCUUCCCGUUCCUGCGCGAAGAGAAGCAUACCAAGGAGAAGUUCGCGGCGGAGCUGGUCAAUGUCCAGCCACUUCCCGAAGAGGGCAUUCCCCACAAAUAG